CCUGACAGGUCGACUCAAACAUCAUACAACUCAUGGUCAACACUCAUUCCCACUCUCGUCGAAGCCCAACUCCAAUACUCCGCGCGAACACAUGGCAAACCCUUAGAGAAAAUCCAGAAAGUCGUCUCAGCGUGUAGGACUCUCAGGUGCGCAUCAAAAUGGACAAGUCUUGUAUGUUUGUUUUUA